AUGAAAACGAGUCCUGUCUCCAGCGCACUCUCGCUCUCCUCUCUCCUGCUCCUCGCCAACGCUUGGCCUCUGAUCCCUAACAUACUUGAGCGAAGGUCGCCUGCCUCCUACUCGGUUGUUGCGGUGGAUGGUGGAAAUACAGGAGGAUAUCUCACGCCGGCAACCACUGUUACCGAUGCUAUCACACACACAGAGACCAUUUUGGCAACGCAGUUGUCCACGCUUGUGGUGACCGAAUCGGAAACGCCCACCACGAUUGUGCUCACUGUCACAUCUUCAUCGCCCACCACCAUCACCGACUAUUUGCCGGGCCCGGUCACCACAGAAGUUGUGACGGCGACACCUGCGUCGUCUCCGCAACCAAGUCUGCCGACCCUGCCCAGCAGUAGCUCUGAUGUACCUUCAUCUCCUGCGUGGAGCAGUCCAAUCAUCCCGACACUGGCCCCGGCACCGGCCUCAGCAACGGAGCAGCCAGUGACGCCGGUGACGGAAACCACGACACCGAUACCAUCGUCAACGACCGAAACAACAACGAUGACGACGACGACGGCUGAAACGAGUUCCACGACCACGACCACGACCAGCACCACCACCACCACGACGACUACAACAUCAUCAAGCACCGACACCACUACGACAGCACCGGCGACAGAGACUAUCGCAGAAGCGACUGUCACAAUCACACAGCCACUUCCCUCGACACGGCCGUACGAUGAUGGCAUGUGGCAUACAUACUACUAUUACACCGUCGAGUCGUCGAGCCCGUCCACCUUGAGCCCCACCAGUAGUGCGAGUCUCAGCUCUAGCACCAGCACCAGCACCAGCUCCAGCACAAGCACAACUACCACCACCUCGAGUCUAUAUACGUCAUCUACGACUCUAGAGGUGAGUCCCAUUCCCGCUAGCACGACGACGAGCCAGGUAGCAUGGGACACUGCCAGCGUGGACAGCUGGACUACUUCAACAUCAGAAGUGAGUACAACCACUUCUCCUGGAACACUGGAGACCGGGGCCAGUACUACCGGAACGCAAAGCUCUUGA